GUCCACUGGUUAAAUAACAACCGGUGCUAUGACAAUUUAUUCCCUUUAAUGUGCAUGUUUAUGAAAAUGAAUGUUUUUAGGCAAAUAGCACGGACUAACACUUGUGUUAGCUUAAUCCAAAGACAAUGCACGGCAGCUCAAAUCUUCUUACAACGUUGUUUUGCAACAAAAGUUUUCCAGGGUGACGAAGUGGAAGCGUCGGCUAGGGUUGUUGCAAGACCGUCGCUACCAAUAAUAACCUCCAGAAAAAUACAGUUUCCAAACCCAUACAUUGAGCCGAAGCAAGCAUGGCUAGAGAACAUGGACACAAUAUCCUCUGAGAAACUUGGCAUUAUUGACCUCCACCCAGAUGUGUUUGGGACACCACCAAGAAUGGACAUUCUGCAUGAAAAUGUGGUCUGGCAGCACAAAUACCGCUAUAUUAACUAUGAAAAAGAGCUUUCCAAGGGGGACUUGGACAAACGUCGGCGUAAACCAUUUCCGCAGAAAGGAAUGGGUAAAAAGCGUGCUGGAAGUACCAAAGCGUGUAACUGGAAAUAUGGUGGAAGUGCGCAUGGUCCCCGAGGGCCUUACAGUACGUAUUACAUGCUGUCGAAAGAGAAACGAGAACUUGGACUGAGGAUUGCCUUGUCGGUGAAAUACGCCCAGGACGACUUACACAUAGUGGACUCUCUGGAAAUCCCGUCAGAAGAUCCCGAAUAUCUUCAAGAAUUGAUUGACACUCGUUACUGGGGCUUCUCAGUCCUGUUUGUCGAUGAUACUGACAUAAUGCCCGUCAACAUGUCACUGGCAGCCAGUGAGUUUGGACAGUACAAUCUCCUGCCUGUUUACGGGCUCAAUGUGUAUAGCAUCCUUAAGCAUCAGACCUUGGUGAUGACGUUAGCUGCUGUGGAAAAACUGGAGCAGAAACUUCUGGAGCAGAUGCACAAAGCUGAUGUUAGAAAAUAAGAACAGUGUUGUCAUGGAGUGAGCCAAAAAUCAGUUCUGCAAUAACUGAAAUAGACAAUUUAAGAUUAGUAUGGAUUGUUGUAUUGGGAAAAUUGAUAGAAAUAGCAAUUAGAUGAAUAAAAUUAUCAGUUCUUUGUAUCUAAAUUAAUUCUCAGUUAAAAGAUUCUUCAUUUUGGUCGUGCUACUUUAUAUUUCAUAUCUUUUUUCAUAUUGAAUGUUUCUGUUGGAGAGAAAUGCUAUGAAUUAAAGAAAAUCAUGCAUUGAUUGUUUCUUGUGUGUACAUGAAUUACAAGAGCCUAAGUAACAGAAAACAGUAGACAAGUCAUGUUCAUUGUAACAGAAUUAGAUCAUAAACUUACCUAACAGUCUAGGCUUAAGAAAGUAAGAUUCUUUUGGGAAACAAUACCUAAGAUUAUCAAUGCUCACUUUGCAGCAACUAAUAACAACAAUAAAAUUGUUUAAACAUGCAUUUUCUUUUACAAGGAUGUUUCAUGCAGACAUUAAUGAGUAAAAUAAUGUUCAAUACAUGUACAUUAAAUCAUUGCCAAUAUAAUCUCACAUUAUGGCAUUUCAUUACUCUUGAAAUUACUGAUUAAUACUGCUAUAAUGCUACCUAAAGAAGACAUUCAGGUAUAAUGAAGUGUACUUAAAUGAUUAGACAUUAGUAUGCCAUUGUUUAUGACACCAUUUUUAGCUCGGCUGUUUUCAUAGAAAACCUGAGGUAUUGUCAUAGCCAGCUCGUCGUGUCGUGUCCGCCGUCCGGGUCGUGCUAAAACCUUAACAUUUUGUCAAGGUUUUGAACAUUGGCUCUAAAAUCAAAGUGCUUCCACCUACAACAUUGAAACUUCAUAUGUAGCUGCACCUUGAGGAGUUUUACUCGCCACACCCAUAUUUGGGUCACUAGGUCAAAGGUCAAGGUCACUGUGACCUCUAAAAAAAUAAUCUGACAAGCUUUCAUUUAUUCAUAAAUGCACCGGCAGCCGAGCGUUGGCACCCGUUAUGUGGUGCUCUUGUUUAGUUUUUUUUAGUACAGUGUAGUUGACUGCAUUGUAUCUGUUUUCAUAGUAAGAGAUUCAGGAAGCAUCUAGAAACUUAAUCAUUGCAUUGUAUUGAGGUGUCUCACAUUAAAAAACUUCAUUUUUUCUUUAACACGUUUAUUUGGAAUUAGUUUUUCUUCGUUUUAAAGUAAUCAGAUCUUGUAAAUGUUGUCUCAACAAUUGUUUUUAUUGGAGCUGUGUUCAGGAUAAAUAGAGUGGUAUAUUUAAUGGCUCAUCGAAUUUCUGCUAUUGUUUUAUGCAUACAACUGUGCUGAUGUAAGUCAUCGAAUUAUUGAAGUAUUGUUUAUAAACUGCAAAACGUGUCGGUAAAAUUUGAUAAUUGUAAUUACUUCACAAUUGUCUGAAAUUUAAUAUAAAUUAAUAAAGUA